AUGAAGAAUAUAUAAGGAGUAAAUCUUGAAUGUGUAAUCAUUUAAGGUUUUAAUUAUCUCAUAACAAAAUAAUUAAGCAAAAGUGAUUCUGAAAUAAUAUAUAAAGGAUAAAACUCCUAAACUUAAAAGUAAGUAUUAAUCAAAGUAAUUAAUAUUACAAAUUAAAAACAAAUACAAAACUAUCUGCUAUUGGCUUAAAAAAAAUGCAAAAAUGUCAUGAACAUUGUUAAUAUUGAAUAAAAAGGCGAAUUAAUAUUUUUGGCAAUGGAAUUCAGUGAAAAAUGCCUGAUGACUGAAUAAUCAGAAUAAAUUAAGAAAAAUGAAAGAUAUAUUAUAAAAUAAAUAGCAAAUGGGCUGUUGGAGUUACACACUUUGGGUAUUUCACAUUAAAAAAUUUCUUUAAAGAAUAUUGCAAUUGAAACAUUAAAAGAUUAAUAAAAUAAUAAUAAUUAAUAGGUUUAUAAGAUAUGCGAUUAUGGCGAUUUACUAGAUGAAAUCAAUUUAGAUGAUUUUUAUGCAGGAACAAAUUAUUAAGCUCCAGAAUAAAUUUAUAAUGAAUCUAUUCUUACAUAUCAAAAUAAAGUAGAUAUUUGGGCUUUUGGAAUUAUUUGCUAUUAAUUAUUUAAUACUAAAGAAUCAUAUCAACCAAGUAUUUAAUUAUAGAUUUAUUAGAGAAGCCAACGAUUAAGAAGAAAUUAACUAAAAAAUAAAAGCUCUUAAUUGUGAUCCUAAUUUUAAGAAUUUAUUUAUAUAAAUGCUUUAAAUUAAUCCAGAGUAAAGAUAUAAUAUCCAAUAAGUGUUAAAUGAACUUAAAGUUAAAUCUCAAAUUUAAUAUAAAAAACAAUUUAGAUACAAAAGUAUUACGUAAGGGAAUUAAAAUCAUCCAAAAACAGAAUUCUUUAGAGUUUAGUAUAUAUCACUAUCAGGAAUAAAUUUAUAAUCAAGAAAUGAUUUCAAUAAAAACUAAACCUAAUUUGUUAGCAAUUUUAAUUACGCUUUUUCUUAAGAAUAAAUAAAAAAAUUAAAUAAUAGUUGA